AUGUUUGUUGUUCGAGCACUCCACCCGAGCGUCUGCGCCUGCUUGACGCUGGCCCUAUGGGCGGCGUCCUCGCUCAGCCUAUCAGUGUUUUCGGAUGCGCCCCGGGCGCACAUGCUGUUGCGCUCGCGGCGCGAGAACACCUUCCUGGAGGAACUAAAACCGCCAUCUUUGGAACGUGAGUGCAACGAAGAGACGUGCAACUUUGAGGAGGCCAGGGAGAUCUUCAAGGUUCGAGAGGCCACGCUGGAAUUCUGGACAGUGUACCGAGACGGGAACCAGUGCAUAUCCAACCAGUGUGUCCAUGGGCGCUGCGUGGACAUUCUGCAAGAUUACGUGUGCAGCUGUAACCCCGGAUACGAGGGCAAGUACUGCGAAUACAUUCAAACAGCGACCAACUGCAGUGAGAACAAUGGAGACUGCGACCACGAAUGCACGGAGAGCGAGGACGGCCUGAGGCGGACGUGCAGCUGCGUCCCCGGCUACAAACUGCAAAACGACGGCAGGAGUUGCCUGGCCAAAGGACUGUCGUCUUGCGGGCAGUUGCUGAUCGGACGCUCAUCCUACACGAGGCGCCUAGAGGGUCUGACGCCGUGGAUGGUGGGUGGGGAGGUGGGCAAGAAGGGCGAGAGUCCUUGGCAGGUCCUGCUGCAGAACGCUAAAGGCCGUUUCCAUUGUGGCGGCGUGUUAAUCGACAAGAACUGGGUCCUGACGGCCGCCCACUGCCUGGAGAACAACCUGCGGUUCCGAGUUCGACUGGGCGACUACGAGCGUUUCCGUGACGAGGGCACGGAGGUGAUGCUUGGAGUGGUCAAGGCCUUCCGCCACCCCGACUAUGACAGUAACACGGUGGACAACGACAUCGCGCUCCUGCGCCUGGAAGGUCCGGCGCCUCUCUCCGAUUACAUUCUGCCUGCGUGCCUCCCCGGCCGGACGCUGGCCGAGCGCGUCCUCCACCGCAACGGGACCCCCACGGUGGUGACGGGCUGGGGCAAGGAAAGCGCGGACAGCCGGCGCUUCAGCUCAGCCCUCAAUGUCAUCCGCGUGCCGCUGGUGGACCGCGACGUGUGCGCAGCCCACAUGUCGCACAACAUCUCCGACAACGUGCUGUGCGGCGGAAUCCUGGGCAGCAGCGUGGACGCCUGCGAAGGUGACAGCGGCGGACCUAUGGUCACACUGCAUGCUGGCACCUGGUUUCUUCUGGGCCUGGUGUCCUGGGGCGAGGGAUGUGGCCGCCAAGACAAGCUGGGCAUCUAUACCAAGGUGUCCAACUACAACGAGUGGAUUGACAGCGUGCGCCAAGAGUGGGACAAAAGCACACACCCGCCUCAAUAA